CUCACACAGUCACUCCAGCCACUACGAGUCUUUGACACACUGAACUCAAAACCAAUAGGGUUCUCUUCUCUGAGCUAAGGAAUUCUGAGAGAGACAGAGAGAGAGAGUUUAAACUUUGUAGUGGUAUUCUUCGAUGGGUUACGUACAGGAAGCACGUGAGAAUCACGUGAAGAAGAAAGUAGAAGAAGCUUUAAGAAGCAAAAUGAAGCAGAAGGCACUUAAGGAGUGUGAUCAAUACACUUCAAAGUAUGCUCAAUGUGCAUUGGGAAGAACCUUAUCGGUUGUUUGGGCGUGUCGGGAACUUGCUAAAGAGUUGAAUGGUUGCCUCCAUCAAUACACCAAUGAUAAUGUUUUGGAAGAAAUGAAGAGAGAAUACAUGCUUCAACAAGACGGAAAAGCACCUGCAGGAGUAUAGUCUCAUACUUUUCUGUAAAGGCCCAUUUAUGGUGUAGCAUUCAAUGUUCAAUUUGUUAUUUAAUGCAUGGGGGGUAACAGUUCUAAUCCAUCAGCGUGAUGCAUAUUAUUCAGUCACAGUUUUAUCUAUUGGGGUGAUGCAUAUCAUGUUGCAACUGUGUUUUGUCUUCACACGUUUACAAUUUUCUUCUGAAACUCUGUUGUUGGGAAGGAAAAAUAAUAAAUUCUGGUGGAAUUAGUAUGAA